GAGCGCCCCUGUUUUCUUGUUGGCUAAAGAUGGCGUUAGCGGCUAACACAGGCGAUUGCUUUUUGUGUCACACAAACUAUUUGGUCGGUUGCGGCACAGCAGUGAGUAAUCAUAGCUUUGCCGCGUCAUUCGGUGUGUAAAAAUAUGUUACAUUGGACAAAAACUCGUCAGGGAGCCGGAAAAACGAUUGGCUGGCCUUCGACACGACAUAAGCCUGUUUUGCGGGGUGUGGAGGGGAAGCAGCCAGAACUCAAUUUCCCAAUAGUAACCGCGGCAUCAGGUUGUACAAACAUUUGUUUCCCCUAUCCGGAACUUGUAAUUUUUGAUCGCGUCAGCGCGUUUUUUUUUUUAAAUACUCAAUGCAUGAAGUCAGGGCAUCAAUGAAGUUAAAAAGUCAACGGGAUGCUUUUAAAAGAAUUCAACCAGUGGAAUACCGUGCAUAUAAAUAAAUUAUCAAACAAAAGUUAAAGACUAGUGAGCUGGUAGGCAACUUGUGUAAGGAAUCAUGACUGCUUUACCCAUGCAAAGUGGUCGAAAGCUAUCUCGAGCCCCUUCCAGCAGGGAAGGAUCUCCAUCUGCGCCAGAGUCCUCCUUGACCUGGUGCCUGACCCACCUGAGCAAGCCCUCACCUGACUCAGGGGCUGACCUGGACAAGAGGUCCAGAUUCUCCCAGUGGCGAGCAUUGGUCGCCAUCCGAACACAGCACAUAAAGGGCGACAAGGCCGGCAUCACCCGCUUCCGGAAACAGGGGGGUCUGCGUCCCUUGCUGGACCUGCUCGGCCACCCCAAGUGUUCCAGGAAGACUUUGGACCUGGCCCUCAGCAUCCUCGCCAACUGCUGCAUUGAGCUGGAGACACGCAAGGAGGUUUGCAAGCUUGAUGGAAUAAAUAUUGUUGUGGAUGUGAUGAAGAGGAACGUGGCCCAGGAGACCAUCCAGAACCGAGCUGCGCGGGCUUUGGGGAAUCUGGCCAUGGACUCGGAGAGCUCGGCGCUCAUCCACUUGGCCGGUGGCGUACCUCUCCUUCUCCUGUGCUUGUCUCUGUCUUCCACCCAUUCCUCACCCACCGCCACCCCACCCAAUGAUCCCAGCCCCAAGCUGGAGUGCGCCCAGUCGGCUUCACGGGCACUCCUCUACCUCUCGGACACACCGGCGAACCGUCUUUCUCUUCUCACCCAGGGCGUCCUGUCCGCCCUCACCCCCCUCAUGGCCCCGGAGUACCCCCAAGGCUUACGACGGGCGGCCCUCAGGACCCUCCACGAGCUCACCCGAGGCUGUGGCCCCGAAUGUGCCAGGGAGGUGUCCCGCUCGGGUGUCGCAGCACAGCUGAGCGUCAUGGCAUCCGGAGAGGCCGGGAAGCCGUAUGAAGAGCUGGCGCUGAAGACCCUGGCCAACCUGUGCUCCCAAGGAUGCUUGCGUCCCUUGGUGGGCUCCCUGGGGGUCAUCCCCAAGUUCACAGCCGAGGUGAAAAAGGAGCCCUACAAGUCAGGAGUCUUCCUGAAGGCGCUGUGCUUGUGCUGCAAGGAGGCGGUUAACCGCGCCAAAGUGAAAGAGAGCGGCGGGUUGGAGGCACUGGUGGGCUUUCUGGCAGCGCACCCGAGUCAUCCCCUGGCGCGUCUCGUCAUCCUGGCGUGCGUGGACUUUGUCUUCGACGAAUCGGCCGUGGAACAGCUGCAGGAGUUGGGGCUGGUCCCCCUGCUGGUGGCUCGGCUGGUGGCGCCCACCGCGGGUGAGAAGGCGGACGCGGGUCGCGGCGGCCUGUCAGGGUCGUCUCACGGCGAGCUCCUGUCGCCGUCGUGCUUGGAUUCCUUCGACUUUGCGCCUUUCGAGGACUGCAAGAAGGAGGAGGGCGGCAGGGAACAAGGCUCGUCAAGCUUUUUGAGUCUCAGGUCGUGGCUGCUGGCCGAGGGGAUGAUCUCCUGCGAAGAAGACCUGCUGGACUCCUCAAGCAGCACCGACGGGGACUGGGCGGUGUCGCCCCCUCAAAACUCUCCAAACCCUGAUUGCCUGGGCCCACUGAAAACCUGCUCCCCUCUCAAUGCCUCUACCUCCAAGAAAGAUGCUCCAAACUCCUCGUCGGCGCUGUGGAAAGCCGGCGAACCACCGCCCUGCAGCUCCCCCGCCGUGUCCCCCUCUUUGAAAGCCACCCACCCGGGCACCCCUUCCAAGUUCUCAUCACCGCAAAGAAGGCGGCAGCGGGCAUGUUCGGCACUUUCCUCCGCAGCGAAGCUCACCGUGGAUGCGCCUCCGUCCGUGCCGCGCCGCUUUGCUUACCAGCACCCGUACCACCCUGAACCCUGGACACCUGAGUCACCUGUCCUGCUGCUACUGUCGCGCUUCUCUCACGCCGCCGACCCCAGCCCCUUCCUGGUCACCUCAGGCACUGUGCGAGGUCUGCUGUGCUACCUCAGCCAGCACCAGGACCCCAGCAGCCGCUGUUUCCGCCUGCUGUGCCGUCUCACCUGCAACCCCAGCUGCCUCCGGGCGCUCCUGCGCACCGGGGCUGUGGCGCUCAUCCACCACCACCUCUGUCAGAGGGACGGCGGGGCCAGGCGGCAGCCAGAACGGGUCGGAGCCAAGGUCAAACAGCUCGGUAUGAUCCUCCUCAACAAUCUGCACUUCCAGUGCGAGUCAGCGUACGGCGCUGGGGUCCUCGCACACGUCAUGCUGUCGGGCUCCGAGUCUGAUCGAGUGAACUGUGCGCUGUCUCUGCCAUUAAUCAGCAGCAACAAGUUUCUGUUGAGGAAACUCCUCCUGGACUCCGGCAGCCUCCUCUUGGCCCUGCAGCCUCUUGGUUGCCGUGACGACACGGGCGCCCACACCGCCGAUUGUAGACGUCUCCUUUCCACCUGGCCGGACACCUCGCUCCACUCGCUCUACUUCUCCCUCCUGAUUGGUUGCCUGUCUCCACUCGUAUCCAACAUCAAAUUGCGACCUGAUGCCGGACGCCUGAUAAAACUUUGUCAAGCUGACUCAGUGACUCCUCCUCCCGCUAAGAAACCUCGCCAGGCUCACAUCUGCACAUACGCCUCAUCCGACUUUGACCUCCUGCUGGUUCUGGAUGAUGGGGCCGAGGUCCCAGCCAACAAAGAGGCCGUCGCAGGGUCGGGCUCAGAGUACUUCAGGGCUUUGCUAAAAGGUGGCUUUGAGGAAGCCAAAUCCGGACAAGCUAUCCGCAUUAAAGACGUAACUGAAGGUAUGUUGGUCCCGGUGCUGCACCACCUGCACGGAUGCCGGCUGGCAGCAUCGAACCAGAAGGAGGAGUGCCAGUUUUUGGACUCGUUGAUCCUUGAGGGACUGGCUUGCUGCCAGUCGGAUGAGCCGUCCUUCCCGAAAUCUCCGUUAGGCGAGACCAUGACGGGAGCGUGCAGAUUCCUGGCCACGGAGCUUCAGAGAGAACUGGAGGGGCUUUGCGUGGCUUGUCUCCUGUCUCAAAUGACUGCGGCAAGCGCCUCAGGAGGAGACCAAAACACCACCGAGGAGCAGCUGGCCAGCAGGACAUCCGAACUGGACCUGACGUGCGUUCAACUGCAAAUCGAGACUCUGUUAGAGAAGAGUGUGAAAACAACUUUCUUGAACAAAAGAGAGAGUAAAAACAUCCCAGCAAAGAAAGUUGAUGCUGUUUGUCAAAUUAAAAGUUUGAAACCCUGCGCAGAAAAGGAGGCAUCAGAAUUGAAAAGCUCAGUUCAGCUCUUCAAAGCAGAACUUCCGGACUCCCUCGAACCCCCGGAGGAGGAACCAGAAAAAGGUACGAGAGGGGUCCCGGCUGCCCUUGUGGCGCAGAUGUACUGCUUCGCUCAGCGCCACAAUUAUCCAGCGCUGCGUCGGGCCUGCCUGACGCUGCUGCUGGGCUGUCGGGAGGCGGUGCGGCGGCCGUGCUUCUCAGGCCGCGAGGCAGCCGUCUGCCUGCGAGAGGCUGCCGGGCAGGCUGACUGCAUUGACACGCUCAAGCAGGAUCUUCUCAGUCUGGCUGCAGACGUGCUAAGCUGAGAACCAUCGGAAAACCUGUAUGCAUGUUUUGUUUUGUUUGACUUUCGGGAGACUGCAUUCUUUUUUUUUCACACAUGUUCAGGUUGUACCCCAAAAUUGACCUGUUCUUUGACUGGCCAUUAGUUUGCUUUUGGUGUUUAUUGUCUUAGAUACAUGCAGGGGUGGGGGGGCAUUUAAGGUCAUUGAAUGACAUGAAAGAAAACAUCACAACUGAAAAAAUUGAGCUUGCAGCCGCACCCCGCUGUAAAUGGCAAAAGAUUGACAAUUGAUGCCUCACUAAAAAGGGUUGUAAUUGGCCAUAAAUGCCACAAGAUGGCGGCUAAUAGCUGUUGCCAGUGGUUUUGACAUCAUUUCAAAAUGUUUCAUUUGAAUAUGCGAGACAUUGUCUUCUUAUUUCUGCUGCCAUCAACAGUCGCUGAUGUUGCAACUUGAAGAUUCUUUGAAAUUUUGAGGGAAGGUUUUGGGAAUGUGCGGGGAAUUUAACGCUACCUCAAUCAAUCGAUGUAAUUUUUUUGAGAUAUUAGAAAUUUUACUUAAUUUUCUUUUGCCAUAAGUUAAUUGUAUGUUCAUAUUAUUAUUUAGGAUUUGUUGCACCUUAAACAAAACCAUAAGUAAUGGGCAGUCAAAGCUGUCGGUAAAUUUAAUGGGGACACUGUUAAUGCAUUCUAGCUCAUCUCACCGAAUCAUAAUUGGCUAAGAUCAACAGUACUGUACUGUACUUCCGUUUUGUUUUUGGAUCGUCCUUAGUUCAUUUUUGUUAGGUUGUUUCUUCAACGAGACAUACGUUCUGUCUCGGUUGCCUUUGUUUCAAGCUGUUUUCCUGGAAGUACUAGGACAAUCAGGGUCAUGUCUUGUUUAUUUUGUACAUAGAGAUCAAAUGGAAAUUUCACCUGUGCGAUAUCAACUUCACACCACUGAAAUAUAAAGAUUUACGACACAUGCUA